AUGCCAAGGCACCGUCGCGUGGAGGAUACCACAGGUAACCUAGUGGACGGAUUCAUCACCAUCCUAAAGAAUCCCGCAACCGAGAAAACAGCUCCAGUUCCAUGCGCUCAGUCGGAAUUGGGCCUUGAAGGAUUUAUUUCAUCAUAUCAGUGCCCGGGGGAAAUCGUGCUCCAAGAUGGGCUCGCCAGGCCCCUUCAUGUUGGCAAGCACAGACUGGCGGAAAUGCCAACGAAGUAA